AUGAGUAUGUGUCGUAACAAUCCUUUUUGCCCGAGAGCUAUGUGUCUUGGAAGCAGUGACAAAGACUUGGAAACUUUUGAUAUGCAGUGGGACUACCAUGCGGAUCUGGCUGCCGAUAACUGGCCUGUCUUCUUAAAUGGUAACGAUGCCUUUGAGGAAAGAAAGCACUUGGUUGAAGUGCCAACAAAAUCAAGAAAACAUCACGAUGGCUACUUAUGGCUCAAGGAACUGAAACCACGGGUAAAAAUGAAAGUCAUCCACUUGAAUAAGUCAACCCUCAUUCAUCGGGGUACAGAAGUUAGGGACGAACAGGCUAAGGAGAAUUUUUCUUUCUACCAUCUUGUCGCAAAAAACUCUUGA